UCUUUGAAACAAAAAUAGUAAAUUGGAUGAAAAUUGUAUACAUUAGUAUAACAAAAAAAUAUUAGAAAAAAGAUGCUAGAUGUUUGAAACAUUUUCAAAGACGUUUAAAAAUACAUUCAUCCUUUGGUUUCAUUCGUCCAAAUUUUGUUUGGGAGCUUCCUUCCUCUUUCCAAAUCAAUUUUAAAACACCUCAUUUAUUAUUAUUUUAUUAUUAUUUUACAUCAUCUCGUGAUUAAUUUGUGGUGACUUUUUGUUUUAUUUUCAUUUAAACUCAUUAUUGCUAUUUUAGUAGUCAAGAUAAAAAGAUCUGAACAUUUUUAAUAUUUUUCAUAAUUUUGGGUCUAUAUUAUCGUUUUGUACCCGAGAUCAUCUGUGUAAACAAAAUUAACUCGUUAUUUGAUCUCUUGUAUUUUUUCGUCAGAAAUCUGCUAUGAUAAAUUACUGAAGAUUUCAUACACUAGGGAUGAGUUACGUCUUCCGAUGGCAUAAUUCCGCCAUUUUUGCUCCUCUUCUGCCUCAUGGAGAUCCCUGUACAAACUCGAAAAAUAAACAAUUUCACACUAUAAAAGACUUCUAAUUUUCACAUUUCGUACGCUAAAGUCCAGAAUUUACUGUCCGAGAAGCAUCCUUCGCCUGAUUGCUAGGUUCGUUUAAAGAUUCUAGAUUACAUUGCUCUUAAUUAUAAAUUUAGGAAAAACCGCUAUGGCAGCCGGCAGGGAUUUUAGAGUUGACGCAGUUUUAGCAAAGUGCGAUGAAUGUGGAGCGCCGCUGUUGGGACAAUGUGUCUUUGUGGAGGGGAGACGAGUGCACAGGGCCUGUUUCAAAUGUGCAGGAUGCGGGAUUGGCAUUCCUUGUGAUGAGCGCAACGGAGAACAAUUCAUACGCUAUUACGUGAUAAAUGGAAAGAUCUACGGACCUAAUUGCUAUGUGAAGAGGCUGAGAUGAAAAGAUGUUCAAGAAUCUGAAAGAUCUCCCCUUGUAAUAUAUAAAUUUAUUCUCCAUUUCUAUUGUAUUUUUGAUGUAAAAAUAAAAUGCUUUAUGGAUAUCCUUGGGUAUAGAUUGAAGUAUUUU